GUAUCCCUUUAUUCCCUCCCCCUUUCAAAGCGAAACUGGAUCGACAGGCUCUCGAACCCAGUACCUCGAGUUGUGCUCCUGGAAUAAAAAUGCUCCAAGUUCACCGAGCUUAUAGACGGCCUCUGGUCAUUUCAAGGACCUGCUGGACGGACAGCAGAGCAUUUCUCCGUUUCUCCGCCGCUCAUGUCGUCGUCCUCUCUGUCGUCGUCUUUGCCCUGUGCUGCUCCACAGUGUCGGCAGACGUCACUCCCAAGACAAUAGUUGCUCUCGAGAAUGAGACGGUCACCCUGCCCUGCCGAACCAACCGAACAAGCGACCUCCUCACCGUGGAGUGGUCCAAGGCUGAGAUGUCCCCCAACAUCACCCUCCUGUACCGCCAUGGCAGAGAGACAGUGGAGGAGAAGAACUCAGCCUUCGUCAACAGGACCAAGCUCUUACUGGAGGAAGUGAAGCACGGCAACAUCUCUCAGGUCAUCUCCAAGCUGCGGCUGUCCGAUGGGGGCCGAUACCUGUGCAGGACCAUGGUGGGGAAGCAGCGGCAGGUUGAAGCAGCACUGGACCUCAUUGUGGGUGCUGCGUCUGAGCCAAAGCUCACCUUUGUUCCCUCUGGUGCCAACGGGGGAUUGACACUGGAGUGCAGCGCCGAGCGCUGGUUCCCAAAGCCGGAGAUAACGUUCCACGACGAGAACGGCAAAGAGAUUGAAGCCGAAGAUCCACGGAUUGAUCUGGACUCAGCUGGAUGUUUUAAUGUUAAACGGAGAGCGUCUUUGCAGAUCGUCACCAACAGAGUGACCUGCCGUGUUCACCAGCCGCUGUUGAAGAGACGACAUGCUCAUAUUUAUAUUCCAGAUGACUGCAUGAGGUCCUGCACCAGCAGCAUCGUGUGGAGCGUCAUGGUAACCGCAGCUGCACUCGGGUUAUGUGCGGUCGCUUAUUUUCUGUGGAAGAAAUAUGGACGCUCUUGUUGCAGGCAGAAAUCCCUUCAACCAAUACAGGUGUCCAGUCCCAGUACGCAAAAUGCCACCAACACUCAGUUACAAGGACAAAUCAAAGGACUACAAAGUGAAAUCGAACGCCUACAAGGAAAAAUCAAAGGGCUGAAGUUAUGCAAUUCUGAAAAAGAUGAUAUCAUCGCCAAACAAAAAGCAGAAGUAGAAGAACUUAAAUCCAAAUACAGUGCUGCUCAACAGCAAAACCAACCUACAAUGAGCUCCUCAUCCUCACUUAAUGCUUCUCACCAAGUUACCCAAACCCUUGACCAUAGCAACACACCACCAGCAGCCACAUCGGCAAGCCAUGAUCCAAAACCUGGCCACGUGUCCAAGGCGAAAGACCCCAAACCGGCUGGUUCAGGCCCAGCCCGGCUCCCUGCUCCUUCUAGGAAGGACCGACCCAAAAGCACUCCUGAUCUUUUCUCAAACAACGUUUCUGCCUCCUCCAGUUCUUCCUCAGCUUCCACUUCGAAGGAAAAGAAAAUUCUCCACUCUGUGAGUUUUUCCAGUUCUCGUCCUGAUGUUGCCAGGCCUCUCCGCCGGUACACCAUAGGUAGCCAUGGUGUACCUACGGGGAACCCCUUCAGCGUUCUGGCAGAUCUAACUGAAGAGUCAGAGUCUCUGAUCCAAUAGCGUGGGAUACUGAGACAAAUUUACAUGAAAUCAACAUAAUGCUUGGUACGGAUAUAGCAUUAACGCAUAUGGUGAGCAUAAGGUCAUGAUAUAAGAAAUAGGACAGACCAGUUCCAAAAUGGUACUUUAAGGUUUUCUUUCAAAGUAAGGUUCUCUGAAGUCGCUUAGCUAGUCAGUAUCUUACAUUAUGGCAGAUACCUGAACUGACAUCAGGAACCCAAUGUUUGCCGUCUUUUAAAACUUGUUUCCUCCUCUUUGUCUUUUUACUUAUGUUUUUUUUAUGACAUGUUGGGAGCUAUUAAUUUUUAAACUUCAGGUUGUCAAUCCAUUUACAUAUUUUCCUACAUAUUCUCAUAUGUCUUCUGCCUUCAAAGAUCUAGUUUUGCUCAGAAACAGUUUAGAAGCAAAUGGUGUUUAUGUGAUGCCCGUCAUAAUUAUUAUGAUGACGAAUGGGUGCAGUUCUGACAUUAGGAAAUAAAUGCUGCCAACUGUUUUCUGGUGCUGCAGUUUUUACAGCUUUUAAGGAACAUGCUAAAUCUCAGGAGCUGAUCCUGUUUAUGUAGCCAUUUUUUUUUUAUUGAUAAAUGUAUAUAUUUUUUUAACACUGCUUGUCGUGGGUGGUUCAGAGUAUUUCAUCUUUGACUGCUUAGUGAGAAUUUUGGUUUACUACAACUGUUUACAACUGAUAAAACAGUGCAGUGAAAGUUAAAGGAACCACAUUUUGUAAGUUUUAACUAUAAAUUAUAACAGUUUUCGAAAGGAGACUUUGUUAAAUAUUGUCUAUAUAUCUGAUGACACUUUAUCUCCAAAGAUGCUUUUAUUAUUCUUAAUACGAGUAAAGCAUAUUUUCUGUGAAUGUAAUGUAAAUACCUUCUACUGUUACUCACUACUUUUUGCAGCUCAGAGGUCCUAUUGAAUACGAUCUUUGAUUUGAACAUUUUUUUAAGUAUUAAUGGAUUUUAUUGUGAUAUGUGCUCUAUUAAGAUAUGUAAAUUUGACUUUAAAAUUUUUAUUUUUACUGUGAUAAAGUACGCCUAUUUUUUUAUGAAUGUUUAUAGACUUGUAAGAACAUGUGUAACUUCAUUUCUUUGCCUCAGGUUUUCAAAUACAGCUCUCUGUGAAAACAACUUUAAAACAUGCACCCACAGCUCCCCCUGGCGUCACACCUGAGAAACGCUGAAUCACUUUAGUGGUUUGGGGAAACGUGACACAUUUAUGACUUUAAAGUGAAUCAGAUUAAUGUUUAAAGAGCUGUGAUCUGUAUUGUGUGCAUUUAAAAAAUGUUUUAGAGAUUUCAUUCUGUCUGGGACAGCUGUUUCUGUUUGGUAUUCUGUAACUAUGAAAUGUGUUCAUAUAUUUUUAACAGUCAAAUUGAUAAUAAAUGGAAACUUACAUACUUUUGAGAAACUCUGUAACAUUAAAGCUGGAAAAAAAAUCAUCAGUCUUGGUAUUUUUCUUACUAUUUUUUGAGAAGGUUUUUGAAAGUGCUGUUUAAAAAAAAC